AUGAAUCUUUCAAGACAGCUUGAGUUCACUCCGAGAUUUUCAUCCUUCUUCAAGUUCUAUUUGGGACAUAUCAGCUCUAACACUUUGCAAAUUCCCACAGGUUUUGUUGCACAAAUGAGAGGACUCGUACCGAAAAAAUGUAUCUUGAGAAAUGAUCGAGGAAAAUGCUGGAGGAUCAAUGUUGGAAUGGUGGGACAAGACAUGUUUUUCACAAAGGGAUGGUCAGUAUUUGUCUUAGAGAACUCACUUGAAGAUGGUCAUUUACUAGUUUUUUACUAUGACGGGGAAAUGACUUUCAACUUUACGCAUUACGAUCAUUCGGCAUGUGAGGUCGAAGAAGAAGAAGAAGAAGAGUCUAAGUCUAAGGGGGGGUUUGGGCAAGACAAGCUCGAGGAAGAAGAAGAAAUUACUCCGGAAAAUCCCUUUUUCGUGACGAAACUUCAAAGAAAGAAACCAAAUGGACUGCAUGUUCCUGCUGAUAUGAUGAGAAACUAUGGCAUUAAGCUUCCUUCGACUGUUUUGAUGAUCGAUCAAGAAGGGAGGCAAAUCUAUACGGAGGUGGUGACGUGGACGGAUGGGAGGACGAGGAUCGUGGAGGGAUGGAAGUUAUUUGUGAGGAACAACAACCUUAGCGAAGAAGACAGGUGCAUCUGUGAGAUCGUAGUCAACGAUGAUGAACCACCGCAACUAAAAGUUAAUCUAUCAUUUGAGAAUCAGGAUUCAGAAAAGCAAAUAGUUGCAUAUAUUGAAUCGACGACGCAAAUGGAAGUUAAAAAUAGGAGGGUUAAACUAAAGAAAAUAAAAGUCAAUGCAUCAAGUACGCCCUCGACACCCUUGGACAUACUGACGACAUCUGCUAAUGAAGAACUUAAUGAGAAACGUGUUAAGAAAAGAAGAAAGACUCGUGAACCUGAUGUUGAUUUUAAGACCCGAACCUCGCCAUUGGGCCUUCACUACCUGGUGAAGAAUUUAUUCGAAGAACAAAAGGAUGUUGUGAGGGACAUAGGAUUUGGUUCACUUCUUUCAUUGGACAUAUCGAAAUGCCCAAUGGAAUUCUCCUAG